ACCUAACAACAAGAGGCAAUAUUUGGGUUAUAACAUUUCAUGUGAUGCCUAACGUAUCUUCGGUCAAUGUUGGUCUAUUCCUAGGACGCGGUCUAACUGCCUUACGCAGAAGUAGUAGUGACGUGGUGGCCUGAUAUUCGUGCGGAAGCAAAAGCCAUUUUAAAUUACAUUUGUUUCCACAACAAAACAUGUCUGGAUAAUUAUAUCACCAAAUAAUUUAGAAAAGUUCCAAAACAAACCCUUCUUUGUUGCAUUCCGGCUUGGGUCAUUCCAUUUGUUAUUUAAAAUUUAUAAUGUCUUUCUUUUUUUCUGGCUAACGAAUCAACUCAGUAUGAAUUAAACGUGUCUUGAUGUACUGAUAUCGUUAACUUAAGCUUAAGGUAAAGCUUGAGUAAAUUAUAUCUAAAGAAUGGACGACUGUCAAAAUAUCGAUUUUGGCCUCCGAAAUCGUGGCUUUCAGAAAUCUCGGAAAUCAACUGAAUAAUCGAUCUUUUUUUUGGAUAGUGAACUUUUUUAUAUAACAUUAGCUUUGAGCAUCUAAACUUGAAGUAGGAUGAAAAUCCUUAUUGCCGAUCAGGGUAUUAUCGGACGUGGUGGUUGUUUGUUUGUAGGUAAGUUUAUCUGUAGUCACCACCAGUGACUCAUACAGACUGAAGACUGUUAAAAAUCUUAGUUGGAAUAAAGUGGAAGAUACAAAAGAUGCUUCAUUUUCAAUAGCUUUCCUGCUGCUUCAAUGUUCCAGGUGAAAGACACUCAUAAACGAGACGCUUAUGAGAGUGUGAGCUCGAACUCACGACCCAAAGUUUUGUAGUCAGACAGUGUUUCCACUGGACCACUGUGUUCGCUUUGGACAUGAGGUAAUAUUCGACUAGCCAAUGGACAUCUCCUUGGGAAGUGAUGAUUUUUGAAAUAUAAAAUACAAUGAAAAUCCGAAUGGUUAAAAAAGGUGUCAAUGGGAUGCAAGUUGACUGGAUAAAAGGGUAAUAUUAACGAUGCUAAAAGUUAUGUCAAAAUCAAGCAAUACAAUGUUUCCUGUGAAAUUUAUAUUAUUUUACAAGUGUACGUCUCGCUGAAAGCAUGACUUUUUGAUUGUCUCCUUAAGAGUAGAAGACAGUGGGCAGUUUGCCUCUAAAUGCCAUUUUGAAGAAAAAAAAUGUUAGAAACUGAAUUGGGUAAGCCUAUAUAAAAUUGCAUUUUGGUAUCCGAAAUGCUGUCUGACUGAGAAAAUUACACUUUUAUGGUCAUCUUUCGAUUUCGGGGGAUGUUCUUAUGGAAGCCUGAGGACGACACGGUAUGGUACGGAAGAGGGAACGAAAAACAAGUACUCUUCGCAAUCGGAGGCUGGCGCGAGAAUUUCUUGCGAAUUUGAAAGUUAGAUAUCACACCUGAAACAACAAGCAUGAAAGAUGAGCAGUAGAGGCCACAGCACAAGGAGCCGAUCUAGAGAGGAUGGUUCAGGUUGGGAUGUCUGGGGAGGAUACAUGAAUGCAAAGAAACAGAAACUUCAACAACAGUUUGUGGAGGAAGCCCCAGGUCAGCUGAAGAAAGAAGGCAGUGGAUCUAAAAUAUUCUCUGGCAUCAGUAUACAUGUCAACGGUUACACAAAACCCUCCUCGGAUGAACUGAAGAGACUGAUGAUGUUACAUGGUGGUAGUUACGAACACUACUUGUAUCGUACACGUGUCACUCAUGUUAUAGCAACAAACCUACCCAAUAGUAAAGUGAAGGAAUUAAAGGGAUUAAAAGUUGUCAGACCUGAAUGGAUAACAGAGAGUAUUGCAGCUGGAAAACUGCUAUCCUACACAAAAUAUCUACUAUAUACAGCACAAUCUGGAUUACAGAAGGGUUUACAGACAUACACUAUACCUAGACAGAACAGUAACCAGUCUGAAGGAAGUUUUCAGUCUAUAGAUAGCAUCAGAAGUGACACUUCAAUAUCCAGUGCCAUUGGUCAUCAGUCUAUAAAUAAAACAGACAGCACUUUCAGUGAUAUGAAAGGUUCAGAUGUAAUCGGUGAUAUUCAAGACAGUAAUGAUUUGAAAGAAAAUAAAAGUGUAAGGAAACCAGUGAUAUCUCCAGGGAAAACUGCUGAUGCCAGGGAUCCAAAGUUCCUGAGUGAAUUUUAUAACAACUCAAGGCUGCACUAUCUAUCUACAUGGAAAGCAGAAUGGAAAAAUUAUGUAAAUGAGCUGCAAUCAAAGGGAGAUCAUUUCCCAGGCAGAGAACAACUCCGUAAAGUUGUUCUGGAAAGGGCAGUAACUCCUGAUGAAGAUGGUAUUUCUGGUGGAAGGAGAGGAAAGCCCAGUAGAUGUGUGAUGCAUAUAGAUAUGGACUGUUUCUUUGUUUCUGUUGGGCUUAGAAAAAGACCAGACUUGAGAGGUAAACCAGUAGCAGUAACACAUUCCAAAGGUAAAGGUUCUGUCCCUGACCCUGAAUCUGACUUGAACUUUGAGAGGCAACAAUGGGAACUUAAAAAGUUACAGUCUGGGAGAAAGGGAAGGAAAGGAGGUGGACAACAAAACAUAUCAGUGAUUGAUGCGGAUUUGAGUUUUCCUGAUCAGUCUGACUCGGAUGAUGAUGUCACAGAUGAUGUCAGUGUGGUUACUAUGGCAACAACAGAAUCAUUCCACUCGAUGGCAGAAAUAGCUUCCUGUAGCUAUGAAGCUAGACAGGCUGGUGUUAGAAAUGGUAUGUUUAUGGGUAGAGCUAAGAGUAUAUGUCCAGACAUUGUUACAAUACCAUACGACUUUGAAGGAUAUAAGGAAGUGUCUAAAACAUUGUAUGACACUGUAGCUAGUUACACACAUGAUAUUGAGGCAGUGAGUUGUGACGAGAUGUUGGUAGACUGUACAGAUGUUCUUGCUGACACUGGGGCCACACCGCUGGAGUUUGCUACACUUUUACGCAGUGAACUCUUUGACAAGACAGGUUGUCCUGCGUCUGCAGGAUUGGCGUCAAGUAUUCUGCUGGCUAGGAUGGCUACUAGGAAGGCCAAACCAAACGGUCAGUUUCUUCUUACAGAAGAUCUUGUCAUGGACUACAUGAAGUCACAACCUAUUAAAGAUCUACCUGGUGUAGGUUGGUCUACCACUAAGAGAUUCGAGGCAAUGAAAGUGGUAACUUGUGGUGAUUUACAGAGAGUCAGUCUAGAUACUCUUCAAAAGGAGUUUGGUCCAAAAACAGGACAGUCAUUGUACAGAUACUGUAGAGGUCAGGAUGAUCGACCAAUCAAAAUGGAGCAACAGAGGAAGUCUGUGUCAGCAGAAGUGAAUUAUGGGAUUAGAUUUACUUCUGAGGCAGAGGCAGUAAAGUUUAUGGAAGAGUUGUCAGAAGAAGUCUGUAAUAGAUUGAAGAACAUCAAAAUGAAGGGGAAAACAGUAACAUUGAAAUUGAUGGUGAGGAGAGAAGAUGCUCCAAAACAAACCUCAAAAUUUAUGGGUCAUGGUAUAUGCAACAACUUUUCCAAAUCUGUCACUCUACCAAUGGCUACAGAUGAUUCUAGAAUAGUUGCCAAGGAAACCAUUGGUCUAUUGAGAUCUCACAAAGUAGAUGCUGGAGAUCUUAGAGGGAUUGGAAUACAAGUACAAAAACUUGAGUCUGCUGAUAUUGGUUGCCAUGGUACCAACAAGAAAUUGCCCAGUAUUCUCAAUUAUACUGUCAACACAGUAGCUAGAAGUUCUGACCAAACACUGACCAGUGAUAGAGCAUUUACUGGUGGACCAACAAGACUGGCAGAUAGUAAGUCACCGGGAACUGUUGCUAUUGAAUACAAGGAAGACAAACAAUGUAGAAAAGAUAACACCAUACACAAUGAAACUUGUACAGGUACAGAAACAUUAACUGGUAAAUUUAAUGGAAUGAGAAAUGGCGAAACAGGAAACAGUUGUGAAAACAAUGGGGAAACAAUACAUGGAAGUAUGGACACUUCAGCAGGUGGAACUGAUUUAGAAAAACAGUCAGAAGGCCUUUGUGGAUUAACUGUUGAUAAAGAUGAUCAGACAAGGUUGGUUGUACCAAGGGACUUACUGGAGGAUAUAGGCAGGAGACAAGCACAGGAUCUAUCUUUACCUCCAUUACCUUGUUUGCCUGACAUCAAAACACCAGAAAGUGGGAAGAAAUCAGCACCAUAUCUGACAGGGGAGAUAACAGAUCCGUCUGAUCUUGAUUAUUUUCCCUCACCAUCACAGGUUGACCCAGAAGUUUUACGUGAACUUCCAAUAGAAAUAAGAGACCAGAUAGAGAAGGAAUUGAAACAAAGAAGAAAGAAACCUUCCAGCAAAAGUAAUGCAACAUCAGAGUUAUCUGCUGCUGGCUGUUCCCAUUGGCAACGUGAGAGCAGAAACAACAUGGAACAGGUUCAGAAUGAGGCUGACAAACAUUCCCAGGAUGCAAUAGUUCCUUUACCAUCUCCUUCCCAGAUAGAUCCAAGCUGUCUGGAAGCAUUACCAGAGUCUCUGCAAGCAGAACUUAGACAAGCCUAUGCUAGACAAGAUUCUGAACUGAAAACAAAGGCAGGUAAUACACUUCAGCUGAAACAGGCAAAAUCUCCCAGCAAGUCACCAAACAAAAGGUCACCAGGGAAGGGUAGCCCUAACUUUAAGGUGCCAAGAGGAAGGCCAAGUGGAAGGGGACGUAAAAAGGGUAGCUCAAAAAAGACUCUAUUUAGGGACCAGACAAGCACACUGCAACAGCAAUCAACUGAUCAUCAAAAUGUGCCUGAUAAUUUAAGCUGCAGCAAACAAGCUACAGAAAUGGGAACGUGUGCCAUUGAUGAUGUUAGAGCUUCAUCAGAUGUACAAUAUAGCAGUGUUAUAACUAUUGAUAGAGUACCUGUAGACAAGAUAGAUUGUCCAGAUAGUGGACCUCAGGAUAGUGUUGCUUCUAAAACAGUAAAAAACUGUGUCAAUCUGUGUGGUGCUAUAACCUUACAGGAUGUUAGACGAUUGUUGAGGGAAUGGAUUACUUCGACACCAGUGCCACAACAAGAAGAUGAGGAUGUAUUACAGCGAUACAUGGUAGAUCUAGUAACAGACAGAAAUCUAGAGCAGGUAGAUCUGCUCUUUAAGUUUAUGCUCAGGAACAUUAAUGAAUCGAAGGGAACAGAUUGGUUACAUUCAUUGAAGAGGAUAUUUACACAUACACAGGCAGCAGUUUAUGAGCUAUAUGGAAGUAGACUUGUGUCUAUAACUUUGUGAUAUUCCCUGAGCCCUGAAUACUGUGAUGUAGUGAAUAGUAAGUGAUUUGGUGAACAUUAAUAAAUAUAGUGAACAUGUUAACAUUUAUUGAUACCUU